CAGCCGGCGCGGCCCCGGUGGGAAGGAUCCCAAAGAUCCCAAAGAUCCCACGGAUCCCGUGGGUGCCAUGGAUGCCCCGAUCCCAGAGGAGAUCCAGCGGCUCCUGGAAGAGGCUGAGGAUUUCCUGGGCCGGGCUCUGCGGGAGGAGCCGCUGAGCGCGCGGGCGCGGGAGCAGCGCGACGCCAUCCUGGGCACCUUCCAGCGCCUCCGAGCCAGGUACCACCUGGAAUUCCCAUCCCGAGGUGGGGACGAGCGCGACGGACGCGACGGCUCCGAGGAGAAUCCUGGCUGGAAUUUCGGCCCUUCCCGGAUUUCCCCGGCUUCGUUCCCGACAGAAUUCCGGGAUGAGGGCCUGGAGGAGAUCCCACGGCCCAUCCAGGAUUCCGGGAAUAUUUUGAAGCAAGGAUACCUGGAGAAGAGAUCCCGAGAGCCCAGCUUUUUCGGCUCCGAGUGGCACAAGCGCUGGUGCGUCCUCACCCAACGGAAUUUCCUCUACUACGCCAACGAGAAAAGCAAGCAGCCCAAAGGCUCCUUUCCCAUCGAGCACUACCAGGCCCACCUGGAUUCCCAGCUCCGGAAAGAUUCCCGGAAAAAAUGCUGCUUCCAGCUGCUCUGUCCUGGAAAACGCUCCUACGAGUUCACAGCUCCGAGCCCGGCCGAGGCCCAGGAUUGGGUGGAGCAGAUCCAGUUCCUCCUCAAGGACCUGAGCUCCCUGACCAUUCCCUGCGAUGAGGAUGAGGAAGAGGAGGAGGAGGAGGAGGAGGAGGAGGAAGAGCUCUCCAAGGACCAGGACAGCUCCGAUUCCAUGAACAAUUCCCAGAAUUCCACCCUGAAUCCAGAGGAUCCGGAGCUGGAAGGCGAUGACAUCUACGAGGUGCUGCCAGAUGAGGAGCCGGAGCCGCCAUUCCUGGAGGAUGAGGAGGAUUUCGGGAGCGAGGAGGAAAAUUCCGACUGGGAUUACUCCAAUUAUUACCAGGGGUUGUGGGAUUGCCGCGGGGACAAUCCCGACGAGCUCUCCUUCCAGCGGGGCGACCUCAUCCGCAUCCUCAGCAAGGAGUACCCCGGGUACGGUUGGUGGGUCGGGGAGCUCGGCCGGGAAAUCGGGAUCGUCCCGAGGGAAUUCCUGAUGCCCGCCUUCGACCUGGAGCAGUGACCGGGACAGGGAUGGAUCCCACAGAUCCCAUGGAAUUCACGCAGCAGAGCCAUGCAUGGAGGACACGGUGCUGGAACUGAGCGGAUUUAUCCCAAAAAUCCCUCCUGGAGCCAUUCCAUGGGGAAACUGAGGCACGCAUCCUGCUUUUCCCAAAAAUCCCAAAUCCCC